AGAUGGAGGCUAUGAAACUUCUCCUUCUCUUGGAAAAUACUGUGGUACAGACUUGCCUCCUGUUAUAAUCUCUCACGGUAACAAGCUGUGGAUAAAGUUUGUAAGUGACAUAUUUGGCACAAGAGAGGGAUUUUCAGCAGAGUGGGAUGGUACAUCAGCAGGUUGUGGUGGGACUUUGACAACAUCUUCUGGUGUCUUCAUGUCUCCCAACUACCCUAUGCCGUAUUACCACAAUUCAGAGUGCUACUGGUUGCUCAGAGGAAACCGAGGAACCCCAUUUGAAAUCCAGUUUGAACAGUUCCAUCUACAGUAUCACCCAAACUGCAACUUUGAUUACCUUGCGGUAUAUGAUGGCAACAGCAGUAACAAUAAACAGCUAGGUAAAUUUUGUGGGAAUCAGAUACCACAACUCAUCCAUUCCAGUGGAGACAGCAUGUAUGUAAAACUAAGGACGGAUAGCAGUCUGCAAGGUGGAGGGUUUUUAGCCAAAUACAAACAGGUUUGCCACAAAGUACUGACUGUUAAUCGUAGCCAUGGCAUACUGGAAAGUUUAAAUUAUCCAAAUAAUUACCCAUUAAAUGAACACUGCAACUGGACUAUCCAAACUACAAAGGGGAACACACUCAGCUAUAGCUUCACAGCCUUUGAUAUAGAAGAUGGAUCUGACUGUGACCGUGACUUCUUGAAGCUCUAUGAUGGGCCUGAUGUACAAUCCAACCUGAUAGGCACUUUCUGUGGACAGUCUCUUCCACUGGCAGGGAACACUACAGGGAGCAGCCUUCAUGUGGUGUUUUAUUCUGAUGGACUGAACGCUAGAAGUGGGUUCCAGAUGCUGUGGCAUGUUAAUGGUUGUGGAGGAGAACUCUCUGGCCCUUCUGGUUCAUUUCACAGCCCUGGCUACCCCAACAGAUACCCAAGCAAUAGGGAAUGCAUCUGGUACAUUCACACAGCACCUGGUAGCAGCAUACAACUGACCAUUCAGGAGUUCGAUAUUGAAUAUCACCCAAACUGCGACUAUGAUGUUUUGGAGGUCUAUGGUGGGCCUGAUUUCCUCUCCCCUAGACUAGCCCAGCUGUGUGUUUCAAGAGCAGCACAGAACCCACUGCGAGUCUCUACUACCGGCAGUUCAGCCAUUGUCUAUUUCAAGACAGAUGCAGCAGUGACAGGGAAAGGUUUUAAUGCCUCAUGGCAAGAAAAUCCGGGUGGCUGUGGUGGCAUUUUCCAAGCUAACAGUGGGGAAAUCCAUUCUCCAAAUUAUCCUCAACCUUAUAAUAAUAACACAGAUUGUUCUUGGGUUAUCCAAGUUGACUACAGCCACAGAGUCCUAUUGAAUUUCAUGGAUUUUGACAUUGGAAAUCACCAUUCAUGUAACUAUGACAAUGUUGCAGUAUUUGAUGGUCCUAGUGUUGAAGCACCACUUCUUAGAAAACUCUGUGGAACACAGCAUCCUCCUCCUAUCACAUCCUCCAAGAACCUAAUGUACAUCCGACUACGCUCUAAUACAACCAUCCAGCACAGGGGCUUCAGUGCUCACUUUACUGAAG